UUGUAUGGCAAGGACAAGGUGAUCUGUAGAUCUUUAGGUUUGUAGGUCUGGAGUCGCCCUUUGUCUUUGGGAUCCCCUCGAACACGGCCCUUUGCCGAAUGAUUGGAUCAACAAUUGUAAUAGUAAUAAGCAUUACUACAAUUAGUGUUCUAUAUGUUUAUUCUUAAGUGUGUAUUUUUGCAAUUCCUACUGUCAACCUCAUUCCCAACCAUAACCUACAUUUAAGACCAAACAAAUCAUUAUUGUUUCCGAUUUUAACUUCGCGUCUGUUCAACCUAAUUUUGUGACUGUGGAAUCUGACUUUGUAACUAUAGAGUCUAGUGGAAAACGUUAGGCGAGUGUGGCUGGUGGAUAGUGGAUUUACCCUGACCCUCAAAAUGACUAAGUUGCAGUUUCUGAACGUAUUUCUGACAGAAAGGUUGAUGUUAGCUGCCCAAGAGAUAUAUAAGCAAGUGGAAGAGACAAUAUUAGAAUACCAAGAGGAAAUAAUCCAAGGAAAUAGAGAGAAUGACCAACUGAGACGCAAGCUUCACGAAAAUGGAAUUCCAUGGCCAGACCGAGAGCCUUUUGCUCCUGUAGAAUCGGAGGAGGAGGGAGCCAUUGGACAGAAGCAGGAACCAGAGCUCAGACAAACGAUGGAGAAACAAGAGGGAAGGAACAAGAGGGGGGAAAAGCUGUUUAGGGUAUUGGACUCUCAAUCUAGAUUUACUUCUUCAAAUGGAAAUGAUGAGUAUGAUCUGAACCCACCUGAACCCCCUUCACACCAGUUUCAAAUACAAACUCAUGCUGGAAUGAGUAGAGAUGGCGGCUCUCUGUCAGGCUCCACUACCUUCAAAGCAAUUAAAACAGAGACUGAUGGACUGGGCGUUUGUCCAUCGGAGGACCCUUCAGGUGACCCUAACACGUUUUCUUCAGUGAACCUCAAUAUUUCGUCAGCGCAGAGCGAGAAUAGUGACGAUGAGAACACGGAUGACUUCUGGUGCUGUGCAGUGUGGAGGGAUGGCAAGGAGGAGGUGGAGGGUGUGGUUCCAAGUACCUGGGUGGUGGGCAGGAAGGUCCUUUGUCCUCCAGCCAAUGGCACGAAAGCCAUGAAAGAGAGACACAAGCCAGGAGCCGAUUGGACAACGUAUGACCUUGUAAAGGUCAAACUAUUCUCAGAAUCACUGGAGGAGUGUGAAGGUUUCAGUAGGUCCAGUGAUGAGCUGACUGACAAUGGAGAUAGUGAGCCCAACACACCGAUAAAAAGCAGCAGGAGGAGGAAGAAGAAGAGACGGACAGCUAAGGGACACAUUACUGGUACCGAGCUGAUACCUCAAGGACUAUCCAGUGGAGAUGGAAGGACGCACACAGGUUCAUCGAUCUCGCCUCCGCUAAAGAGGAGAGCCCUGUCAAACUCUGGAACCCUGGAUAAAAGCUCUGCAAUUCCAGAAGCAGAACCUCAGCUGGAUCCUUCUGAGCUCAGAAGCCUUGACGACUCACUCAAUGAGGGCUACCUCAUGCAAGGGCCACACUCUUCUGACGCAUGGGACACGGUUUUUCCAACCUCACAGCCCAGAGAGGGAGUGUUCCCAAGUGGACAGGAUAUGAUGGGAAACCUUCUGAAUCCAAACCAAAGUUUUCCUCUUCCAAAUGACCAAUUCCAGGAGCAGGUCCUGGGUCUGCUGUUGGACAUCAGACAGUCAGUGAAGGAGCUGGGAGGAAGGGUGGGAGUUCUGGAACACUGGAGCUCUUCUGGGGGGUCUGGAAUUGGAACGGACUUCCAGUUUGAUACAUGUGGAACCUUCCAGGACAUGGCAAACCUGGAGAGAGUUUUAGAGCGUCCGGAGGUGUCUGCCCAGAUGAAACAGUUCCUAAGCCGGAUCGGUGGGAACACAUUGAGGGACAAUGUCACCAGGGUGAUGGAGAGAGUGAUGACCAAUGAACUGAUGAGCAACUUCAACAUGAAAGGAAGGAAAGGGACCAAGAAGAGUUUUCUCACACACUCCCUAAGCAAAAUCAUUAUUGACAGCAUCAUGAUCACCCACCCGUACGCCACAGAGUCGGCUGUCAUACGCCUGAUGGCCAACGUUCUGAAGUAUGCUCCAGACCGACGUGGAGGGGGAGGCAGACCGCCCCGACAGUCCCCCCAGGUCCCUCAGGCCCAGAGACAGCAACACAUUCAACAGCACACCAUCAGCAUCAAACAAGAGCAGGACUAUUAAUGACUGUGCACCUAGCUACAGUACCAUGAAGGUGUUUACUAGGCACCAAACAGGUUUUACAGAAACUUACUACCUGAUCCCAGAUUGGUUUGUUUUUCUGCCAAGUCCUUCACUAUCAUUGUCAAGCCAAACAUAAUUUGUUUGGAAAUUACCUCAGAACGUGUUGGUUAAAGAUCAAGAAGAGACUCAGUGGCAGCCAGUUUAACACUUAAUUAGUGCAGGCUGAACAUUUGACUUGUUUAUCCAUUCAUACAUACUGUAUUCAUCAUUGUUAAUGACCUUUUUUAACUUGAAAGAACAAUAUUAAAUAUUGCAUUUAGGACAGUUGUCUUUAUUUUAUUUUUUAAUUACUUUUUUAAAAUGAUAUUGGGAAGAAAGUGUUGUAGUGUUUUGUAAAGUACAAAACCUUGUCUUAUGGUAUGAAAUAAAAUGCAUGCCUUGAUUUACA